AUGGGUGCCUGCAACUGGCUGGGUCUUCUACGGGAUUUUAAGAGCGCGUUUGUGAGGGUGGCCCAGAUGGAUCCCUCUUUGCGCCGGGAAAUGAUGCGUAGGCAGGCUGCUGCUAUGACUAUUGUGAUGGUGUCUUUUGUAAGCACUAGGCUUAAAAGGAAAAGUCCUGAACCUGAUACUGAGCCUGACCCCUUAACCCCUUGGAUUAGAGAGGAAAAUGAGCUGCACAGGCAGAGAACACUGGCACUUAUUUACAACUCCACUGAUGUAGAGUGCAUAUCCAUGCUUAGGAUGAGAAGAGCACCUUUUUUUGCUCUCUGUGAUUUGCUUAGGCACAGGCAGUUGGUGACAGAUAGGGAGGGGGUGUCUGUUGAGGAGCAAGUAGCCAUGUUCCUUCAUGUGCUUAGGACUGAGGUCAUUAGGCCACCUAGCACAGCCACUCCUGCCAAGAUCCUUGGGAGUCCUAGAUGGAAUCCAUAUCUUAAGGACUGCAUUGGUGCCAUUGAUGGCACCCAUGUGCUUGCUAGAGUUCCUAGGAACAUGCAGCAAGCUUUCAGGGGUAGGAAAAAGGACCCCACACAGAAUGUCAUGGUUGUUGUGGACUUUGAUCUCAAGUUCACUUAUGUAUUAGUUGGCUGGGAAGGGUCUGCUCAUGAUGCACUUAUUCUUUCCGAUGCCAUUGAGAGACAGGAUGGGUUCACUAUGCCCCAAGGUAAAUAUUACUUGGUGGAUGCUGGGUAUGCAUGCAAAAAUGGUUUCCUACCUCCAUACAGGGGUGUCAGGUACCAUUUGAGUGAGUUUGGGUCUAAUAGGCCUACCAAUGCCCAGGAGCUGUUCAAUCUACGACACUCAUCACUUAGAGUCACAGUGGAGAGGGCUAUAGGUGCACUGAAGAAUAGGUUCAGGAUUCUUGAUAACAAGCCAUUUCACAAGUAUAAGACCCAAGUAAAGCUUGUCAUUGACUGUUGCAUCAUACACAACUGGAUCUUGGGGUUUGGUACUGAUGAGCAUGUCCCUUCUGAGGUAGGCUUUACUGGUACUCUGCCUGACUCAAAUGAAUCUGAUAGCCAAGAACAAGACUCUGCACUCAUGGCCGCAAAGAGGGAUGCAAUCUGCAAUGCUAUGUGGGAGGGGAGGGGCACUCAUAGAGUUUGA